GUAAAAAAUAGUGUGUGUGACCAUUUUACCCUGCUCAUUUAUAGAUAUUACAUACCACCUAAACCGGAACAAACUAGAACCGAAAUAUCAACCAGUACAUCUGCCCAAUCUUUUAACUUUGAAAUAAUUGUUAUUAAUAAAUCGCAUUUUCUUUUAUAACUCUUGAGUAAAAAUAGAUUAAUCCAUUAGAGAUGAUUGUUGACGAAUUAAGUAAUACAGUAUUAUGUAAAUGCAGGCUGAAUUAUCUAUUUGCGGGUUACCAGGUGACACAAUAAGCAUAAAUCAUUCCGUUCUUUUCUUAUUAAUUACAUGGAUUUUAAAAGUGAUUUAAGUUCAUUUAUUUAUUUUUAAUUUUGUGAUUUGAACAAAUUUACUUGAAGCGUGAAGGUGAUAUAUGUUCUUUGGACGCCAAUCUUCUUUGGUUUCUACUUUCUACAAUGGUCCCAUUUUACAUGAAUAAGUAAUGUGUAACUGCGCAUAGAGAAAGAUAUUCGAUAAAACAACCAUUCCGAUUGUAUAAACUAGAUCUUACUCAUCAACUAGUUUUAUUUUAAUUUACAAAAAAAAAAAAACUAGUUUUAUUUUAUGCCUUCGUAAUGUUUUUCUGUAUAUACACAUAUUUUUAUUUCAUUUUAUUUUGUGGGUAUGAAUGGAAUUAAGUGUACACAUAUUCGUAUGAUAUACACAGAUUGUCAAUUUUCAACGUCCAUAUAUAAGACACAAUGGCCUAAAUCCGUGUAUAUGUCACAUCAGUAUAAGACUAUAUGAAUGCAUAUAAAUACACAUGGAUAGAGAUUGGAUUGAUCCUCCUGAAAUCGUGUUCUCACGAUAGCUACGAGCAAGGAGCACCUUAGUUAUAUAUAAAAGCCGGCCAACAGAAAAUAAGAAGAAUAAAAUCAAGAAUAGUUGUUUCGUAGUUAAUCCUCAUGAUCCUCUAAAAUCUAUCUAUCUCUAUCUCCCGUAAUAAAGUUCGGAGAAAGAGGAAAACCCUAAUCCUCUCUUUCUCUCGGAUCGUUCGUAAAUAAACAAAUUAAUUAAUUAAUCAAUAGAUGAAGAUGAGGAAGCUUUGUCCGAAUCUAGACAAUGAAGACGGGUUAGAGACGGUGUUAGAGGUCCCUGUACCGGAAGAAAUGUUUACGAAGAUGGGAAGCAACGCGACGGGACGGUGGAGGAAUAUGCACGCUCUUAUGAAGGCGCAUGCCGUCGUGACAGCAGUCGCGGCUGACAUGAGAACGCCAGCGUCUUCUUCGUCGAUGAGUAAUGUUAAUAUGCAUUUGCAGUCAAAAUCAGACAACGAGUUUGUGGCGUUGUUGAAGAUCGUGGGAAGUCCUCUUAUUCCUUUUCAUGUUCCUCUCGAGUUCUGUCUCUCCCGACCCAUCAAUGACACUUCCAUCGAGGCGUCAACAGCUAAGUAUAUAGUGCAGCAGUACGUCGCUGCGUGUGGAGGUCCAGCCGCUUUGAAUGCAGUGAAGAGCAUGUACGCAGUGGGGCAGGUGAGGAUGCAAGGCUCAGAGAUGGUUGCUGGAGAGGAUGAAGGGACCACUACUACGCCGGUGCGGCUGGGGAAAGGCAAUUUUGAAGUCGGAGGUUUUGUUUUAUGGCAGAAGAAUCCAAACCUUUGGUUCUUGGAGCUGGUGGUUUCCGGUUUCAAGAUUAGCGCCGGUAGUGACGGCAAAGUGGCUUGGAACCAAUCAUCUACCCAACCUUCCCAGGCUCACCGUGGCCCUCCCCGCCCUCUCCGACGUUUUUUUCAGGGACUUGACCCGAGGUGCACGGCUAGUCUAUUUCUAGACGCCGUUUGCAUCGGCGAACAAACCGUAAACAACGAAGACUGUUUCGUCUUAAAGGUAGAGACACCGGCAGAUAUUCUCAAGGCGCAGUGUUCGCCUAAUACGGAGGUGAUCCACCACACGGUGUGGGGUUACUUCAGCCAACGGACGGGACUUCUCGUGAAAUUCGGUGACACAAAGCUCGUGAGAGUCAAAUCCGCUAGGGGCAAGAGCGACGGUGUAUUUUGGGAGACAAGCAUGGAGUCAAUCAUUGACGACUACAAGUACGUUGACUCGGUUAACAUAGCACACGGUGGUCGAACGUUGACCACGCUUUAUCGUUAUGGAGGAGCUGUUAACCACCGGAGACGAAUAGAGGAGAAAUGGACGAUUGAGGAAGUGGAUUUUAAUAUUUGUGGUUUGUGUUUGGAGAGCUUCUUGCCACCGUCGGAUAUGAACAAUGAUCAUUAGCUACGGUCGAGAUCGUUACCCUCUUCUCUGAUCUAUCUUUCGUUGUUAGAAUAUUGGUUUGGUUUUGAAAGUUAGGUUUCUUAAAAAAAAUGGAGAUACACUUGAGAUUUGGUAUACGUGGGAGGGAGUGGUUUUGAUUUUUGUCUACAGAAAUAGAGGAUGUAAAUGAAACGUAAUUGUAAAAUAUAUAUUUUCCAAUCGACAUCAUGUUUUUUUUGUUUGUUUGUUUACACCCAAACGACAAAUCAGCUUAAUUAGUAACUACAGUUAAGCUGAUUGGCUUUACCUACAUGCAUAAACAAAAACAGUGUGUUAAUUCAUUUUUGGUUUAUAUGUACUUUCUUUAGCAUUAUCUGUUAGUUACUUCUAUGGCCUUGAUUGGUAGAGCAUUAACAUUAGCAGUAUGCUAUAGAAGUAUAGAAGCAGUAUGCUGCAAGAGCUGUAUGUUUUUGCUAAACUGUUUGAUAAGAUGAUUGGUAGAGCAGUAUGAGUAUGUUAUUUAAAAUUAUUAUAAAAAUUAGUAUAUAAUAUAUAAUAUAUUUAUUUUUAAUGAAUAUAUUUCUAAUAUAUAUAAAAAUAUAUUAACUUAUAAAAUUAAAAAAUAAUAUAAUUUAUUUAUUUUAUUUAAUAAUUUUAAAAUUAUGCUUAUAUCGAAAAAUUUUAUUUUAAAAUAAAUUUUAUAAUUAAAAUAUCUAUUUUUAAAAAUAAUAUUUCACAUUUAAAAUAAAUUAAAUUAUAUAAAUUAAUUUAUAUUUUAAAUGUGAAAUACUAUUAAAAAAAAUAUUUAUUGUAAAUUAAUUUUAGAAAUCAAAAUUUUAUUUUCUAGAUAUAAAAGUAAUUUUAUGAUAUUAUUUAAGAAAAUAAAUAAAUUAAUUAUAUAUUUUUAUUAGUUUUAUAAAUUAUGAAUGCAAAUGCACUUCUAAAAGCUUCAUAUGAGAGCAUUGGCCAGAAAGCAUGUGAAGAGCAUUAGCAUUUAGUAAAUGCUUUUUUAAAUGCUUUUGUAACAAUUAUUGAUUGGAUACUGUAGAACAUAAUGCUAAUGAUAAUGCUCUACUAAUCAAGGCCUAUGUAUCAUGAUAUAUAUAGAACUUCAAUCUUUAUUCCAAAUUAACAAAAAAUGUUUUUAGAGCAACUCCAAUGGUGUUACCCACCAUUAGAAUCUUUAGUAAUAUAAUAAUGUUUUUUUUUGAAUAGUUAAGGACUCUAAUCAUAAUUGUAGGUCCAAUGGUGUUAUCCAAUAUGGAAUCCUUAUAUAUAUAUAUAUAUAUAUAUAUAUAUUUUUUUUUUGAAUUGAAUCUUAGAAAUUUAGAUUUAUUAAAUUUUAAAUUAAAAAUUUUCAUUUAUUGAAUGACUACUCGAGAUAAUGACUUUGGUCGCGUGUUUUUUCUCUCCCCUUACGAAAGACAACCCUAAACCCGAACCAAUCCCGUUACGCCAGCACAUUAAGGACUUGGUCCUUCUUCUCCUUAAUUAAGGAUUUAUCCUUAGCUUUCCCGUUUUUUUUAAUGUUUUUUAAUCCUAAAACGCUAAGGAUUAACGCUAAGGAUUAGCUAAAAUCCCGCGUUGCACAUGCUCUUAGGUCCGUAAAAAUUCUUAGAAACCAGAUAACUCUCUCUCCUCCCCCAUCGCUCCAGCCUCUCUCUUAAUUAACAAAGCUUUCAAGUCAGGUCCGGUGUCCGGCGGCGCGUGAGAGCGGGUGCCGGCGCUGGAGCUCCCUUUUCUCCUUCCUCGUUUUACUCUUUGCUUCUUCUUCAGCCUCGCUCCUUUAUCGUUUUGUGUCUGGUUCUGGGUUGGCGUACAUCUACGGCUUUGUUCUCCGCUCGCGAGGAGUGUCAGAUCCGACGGUAGUUCGGCCCUUCCUGGAGGCAGCACGCGGUGGAGUAGUUUGGGGUUUUGACGGAGGAGUCGGCUUUUCAGGGUUGGUGAGUAGAUCAUGUUUCCCCUUUCAGAUCUCUCUCUGUUGGUCUUGGUGCUCGAGAUUCGGCGUGGAGGUCUCCCCUCUGCUCCGGCUUGUGGUGAUUCGCGGGUCUAUGGAGGUGGUUAUCAGGUUAGCUUGGUGGUUCUCGCGGUCUGUUGCGGCGUCGUGGAGGCUCAGUCUACCUAAGUGAACCCAAGUUAGCUCCGGUGAGUUUCUCGGAGGCGAGUCGCGUACUGCGGUAUGCAGUCGGUAGUGGUGCCCAGUCCAGUUCCUAUUCGUGAGGCUCUCUUUUUAACUCGAAUUCCAGUCGUCUAUGGCUGGUUGAUGUGUUCUUGGGAGAUCCUUCUAGCUUUGGAUCUCCGUAUCUCGUCUUCGUCUUGGGCCUCUUAGGAUGUGGCGACGGUCUUGUUCUCUGGAGGUUUUGGUCUCAUUGGUUCUUAUGUUCUCGUCUUCCUCUGUUGACACUGGAGGUUGGAUCAUUCAUGUCACUCUCCAUCGUUCUUUGGUUCUCAAAGGCGACAGCCGGUGUAGCGAGUUCUGCGUCAUUGCUUUCUUCAGUGUCUCGGUUGGCUAGGGACAUAUCCCAGUUCUGAUUGGGUUCCUUGACCCUGCCAGUAGUGUCGUUGGCUGGUUGUGUGCAGGUUUAGAGACUUUCCUAGGCAAAGUGUGGCUUCUGAGAUCAGGCCCGACUUUGGUGUCGAAGGUGAGUGUCAGUGGGGUUCGUACAACUCUCCUCAGGUAUGGGUGUUCUCGUCCCUUCUCUCCUUCUGAUGUCUUGCGCGUAAUCGACAAGGAAAAAUGCAAACUUGGCAAGAACACCGACUAACAGCUACUUCAGGCGACGUCUCGGGAACUCCGGCGUCAGAGGCAACGAAGUAAAACCCACCUUCCCGGGGUUAACUUCAAUAGAAGAGAACGGUCAUCAGUAGUCUAGUGAUUACUAAGCAAUCUAGCAGAACGCGUCGGAUAGGUGGUAUUGCGAAACUAGAAAUUGUAAACAUAUUGAUCUAGAUCAUUUUGUUCGAGUCUGGUUUGUAUUCGACUUUGAUGUCCGUUCGGGAUUGAUUUAUAUAAUUAAAAAAAUUAAAAAAAAAAACAUGUUUUCAACAUUGAGUUAUCUAUUACAAAUUUUGAGAAUUACUUUGCAACCAACAAAUCUGUAUAAUUAAUUAUAAAGAUUCAAGUUUAAUGGUCUUAUUUGUAUUAUAAUGAGUCGUUUACAAAAAAAUUAUGCUAAUGGUUGUACUUACACCAUAUUGAAAAUCUCAUGUAAGUUAUAAUUAAUCACAGUUUUUGUAAUUCGAACCUCAGACAUUGUCCAAUGUAUGAACAUAAACAAAUUCUUAAUCAAAACUUAAAUCAAACCUUGAACUAAAAGAUUUCCACUGUUAACAAAAUAUGUUAGUCGGCAAAAAAGAGACUGAUCAGCCUUAAAUGAUUAGAGAGUGUAAGACCAUCAUUAAGCAGUAUGGAUGGAGUCGAACUGUAGAAAUCCUAGAGACAUGAAUUAAAAGAACAAAAUUUCUAGAUAAGUCAAGUACCCUAAUGACUAAACUAAAACGGGCCGUAUUAUUGAUCUCUGGCCCAUUAUAAUAACCCGGUUAAAAGGGAACCCCUAGAUGGCGAGAAGGAUCUCGCUAAUUUAAAUAAUAACGAUGAACUCCAGUUUUGAAAGUAGAAUCUAUCUAACACUUUCAUCACCACUCACCAGCAGCAGAAACAAUGAUGAGAUACUAGCAGACGGGCGGUCUGAAUUGAUGCCACCCGUUUAGUUUUGAUCUUCCGAUGAAGCUUCUGCGAACAACGACGACGACGGGAGAGUUAUUCUGGGGAUACUUCUUCGAGAUAAUUGGUUCCGUAUCCUUCUUCGGAUUCGUCUUUGCAGUCAUCGCUUCAACUUUGCUACCGCUCUCUCAAAAUCCCUUAAACCAAGGUCUGAAGAAUGAUAGGUACUACUACUGCUUCUUGGUCCCCUUGACUAUACCUGUUAUAACGGUUGCCGUCUACUUUCAUUGGCUAAGCAUGAAGCUCUUCAAGCACGCCUGAUACAUCCCAUUAGAAUUUGUGAAUUUCAAUUUCACUCUCUCAGCUUGAUGAAAGCUAAUUUGAUGAGAGUGUAUAUGCAUUCUUCUAGAGUUUUGAUGUAUUCAGAUGAAAUUAGAUUUUUCAAUUUUAUGUGGUUAUCUGUUUAUGCUCAAUCCAUUUGAUGAUAAAUAUGCAAGAAUGACGUUUGAAAUUUAA